AUGGCACACAGAGCAGUGCAUAUACCAGUUGUGUGCAUUACUUCAAUCUAUUCGUUUACAGCAGUUUGUUUGUCCAUUUUCGUCGCGUUUGCAGCAUUUGAAGUAGGACACUGCGACAAUGCGUUCAGCGCGAGCCGCACAGCUACUGGACCCGUCGCCGCCGCUCGGGAUCUCCGGUACCUUUUGUAUGACGUGAACCCACCGGAGGGCUUCAAUCUGCGGAGAGAUGUCUAUAUCCGCAUGGCCUCCUUGGUGAAGACUUUGAGGAAGGAGGGAGAUGACUGGGUACUGGUGCUGCCCCCAUGGGGUCGGAUCUACCACUGGCAGAGCUCCGAUGUCCACCAGAUUCGCAUCCCGUGGGGCGAGUUCUUCAGCCUCACUAGCCUGCAAGCCAAUGUGCCUGUCAUUGAGUACGAGGAAUUCAUCGCUGAAAAUGGAGGCCCAUUUAUAGACCAGGUUCUGGUACUGCAAAACUACGCUGAGGGAUGGACUGAUGGGAAAUGGGAGGAAAAAGUUGAUGAGCGGCCGUGCAUCGACAAGUUGAUGUAUUCCAAAGAUAAACAGGGUUACUACAGGGGCUGGUUUUGGGGCUACGAGCAGACGAGAGCUCGAAACGUAACCUGUAUAUCAGCACAAGGCCAUGCCUCCAUCAUGUCUCCAGUACUUCAGAAAAAUAUCACAGUGACAUCAGUAAUGCUUGACCGAGCAGAGACACUUCUCCAUGAUCACUAUGCUGGAAAGGAUUACUGGGAUACCCGCCGCAGCAUGGUUUUUUCCAAGCACCUGAGACUUAUUGGAGAGGACUUCAGAGAAAAGUAUCUGAACUCUACAGAUGACAGAGACCAUACCAUUUACAGUGAGGAUUGGACUCGCAUGAAAGCCAAGCUAGGAUCAGCUAAAGGUGGUCCAUAUUUGGGGGUCCACUUACGCAGGAAAGAUUUCAUCUGGGGUCACAGAGAGGAUGUACCAAGCCUGAAGGGGGCAGUGAAAAAAAUACGCAGCUUGAUGAAGAACCAUAAACUCGACAAUGUGUUUGUUGCGACAGAUGCAGAUGAAGAAGAAUUAAGGGAGCUGAGAGGGCUGCUGCCAGACAUGGUGCGGUUCGAGCCGUCCAGAGAGGACUUGGAGCUCUUUAAAGAUGGAGGGGUGGCCAUCAUUGACCAGUGGAUAUGUGCCCAUGCAAGAUUCUUCAUAGGAACAUCCGUGUCUACCUUCUCUUUUCGGAUCCAUGAAGAGAGGGAGAUCUUGGGUUUUGACCCCACAGCUACAUACAAUCGUUUAUGUGGGGACACUGAAAAGGAAUGUGAACAGCCCACACACUGGAAAAUAGUUUUUUGAUGUGACCAAUCACACGCAAGUGCCGAAAGAAGUAUUAAAAGUGACACAUAUUUGUAUGGAAUACACAACAUAUUUUGACUGUUUUAUGAUGUAUUUCUUACUUUUUAUGGUUUCAGAGUUGUGCAAUCAGGUCUGUAGUGACCACUGUGACUGAACCUUAUGCUCAAAAGCCCAAAACUGGGCUGCCAAACAUGUAUUACUGUAAUGUUCCACAAGUAAAUCUGCAAACAUAUUUUUAAAGGUUGACUGUGAAUCAUUCAUGACAGCCUGGUAACUCGUUGGCGUUGUUUGAGCAGUUCUUGCUGUCAGCACCGUUACCUUCUAGCCGCUGGCUCAGUUGUCAACAUACAGCAAUUAUUUUUUAUAGACAACUUUUGUUUGUCAAAGAUAACACCAAAUAUGAAGGAGCAUCAGGAGAUCAUUAUGAAGUCAGUAUCAGUAUGAAGACAAUGCAUUUUUAUUGAAGGGUACCCUGUGGAGUCCUUUUUUUUUUUUUAAGUAACGCUAUUUUCUUUGUUUCUUACCAACAGUUCAAGUGUCAGUGUAUAACUGUUAGCUCUAAUUAUCUUGUAAAAACAUUUACAAAGCUUAUUUUUUUGUUACUUUGAACCCUUGCAUAUUCAUGGAAUAGCCCUCUUUUUUACUGUCUUCUUCUAAACCCAUUAGUUUCUGAAUUAGCGCCACCUCAUUCUAGUGUACUUGCAUAUGAGCCUUUGGACAAGAUACAAACAACAGUGUCACUAGAAUACUAAUCAACAAUGCGCCCAGUGGUAAAAGAAACCUCCACAGGGUACCUUUUACAAUAGAGAAGCACAAAUACGCUUACAAUUUCCAGCUCACAAUUUGUUAAAAAUAGGUCCAUUAUGCUUGUGCUGUCACCAUAUGUCAGUGUUUGUAUGAAAUAAUGCUCCCUUCUUCAUUUCAUAUCGUUAUGAAUGGUUUCAUUGGAUUAUAGUACAAUAUUACUAAUGUUGGAAAAGUAGGAAAUAUGACACAUCAUGAAUAAGAAUAUCAUGAUGAACUUUAAUGGUGCUCAAUUGUUUCAGCCUCUUCUUUUUUUCUGUGGCAUUGACCACAUGUGUUGUUGCUAAUGAUCCUCCCAUUGAAAGGAUUUGAGAUGCCAUGAAGGAGUCACAGUGUCUCGCCGACACUCGCCAGCCAUGAAGCUGUUCUGUUACAACACACUGCUCACAUUUUUAUUAAUAUCUGUCUGGCAAGGGGCAGUGUCUCAGGACUUGCUUUGUAGUAGUUGUGUAGUUUUGAUGUUGAAUAAAAGGUUUUUGCACAAGA